AUGACUAUGCUGCUACAAGUUCUUUCAUCCUCGAUUCCGUUUAAGCAAAACAAAAGUCAAACCAGCAGCCAAUAUUUCUUUCGCAAGCUUCACCUCUCCUCCUAUAUUAACCAAUCCAAUGUCAGUGAGCAUAUAGCAAGCAAUAUUAGCGUUGAAUUUGACAUAGCUUUGUUAGGCUUUGAGAAUCGUUUAUGUAAUAGAGACCUUGUUGCUGUCUUGAGCUCCAAGAACAUCCUUAACCAAUUGCGAUAUUGUGGGACGAUUCCUGAUAGGUUGGACCAUGUUCACCAGAUUAAAAGUACCAUGAGACCAAGAGAGAAUGUUCCAGACGGUCAUCGUGUGGGGCAAAGGCUGCUAGGCUCCAAAAGGGAAAGGGGAAGGCAAAAGUGGGGUAUUGAAAAGGUGCCUCUACUUUUGAGCUACAAAAAUCAAGAUAUAUUGUUGUGUAUUGGAACUAGGAACGCAUUAAAUAUUAUUAUAAGAUCCUUGAAAAUCCUUGCAUAUCAGUCUAGCAAUAGAAAAUGUACCUUCUAUAAGAAAAAACUUAUAUUAUGCUAA